UCCGGAAAGGAUGUAUUCAAAAGUUCUAUCAUAACUUCGCUAAUUCCUGAUCACAAAUUCCGAAAGAUCUGUGAAAUUAUUCUUUAUGACUUUUUUUCAAUGGCUAGCAAAAAUCCAUUAAACCGCUAUAUUGGAGAACGAAAGUAUACAGUAGAAAGAAUUGUACCAUUGUUCAAGGCGAUACAAUCUGUCUAUAAAGAAUUUAUGUUCGAUUGGAUUGAAGUACAACUUAAUUGCAUCAAGGAUAUGAAAACAUUGUUUCCAAAUUUUGAUAUGACGCUUAAUAAAGCAGAUGGUGUUUGUCUGAAGGUUUCAAGUAAUAAGGAAGUAGUAUUCAUUGAAAUAGCAGGAGGUCCAGAAGUUACUAGCGCGGUAGUAAAACAUGCCAAAGAAGAUACCGAAAAGCUAAUCAAGGAAGCGAUGUUUGGAUUGGUCUCUCUUUUGAGAGAUUAUUUAGACAAGAAUGUAGACAAAGCAAUGAAAAUAUGCACAUACAUGGUGCAAGUCAUUGGCGAUCGAAUUACUCUAAGCGAACUUUGUCUGAAUAAGAAGCAUUCGUAUAUGGUUUCGCAAGUUAAAUCAGCAAUGUUACCAUUUUCAUUUGACGAAAUCGAAAAGUUCUUAGAGGUCUUCGAAUUACUUCAUGCUCUAAUUAAUAGGCUUGAAGAACAAAUAAAUGAGCUAAAGAAGCUAAUGCUUUCCAAUAUUAUUGAAGAAGAACCAACAAUUCGAGACUGGAUUUGGGUCCCGAAUUCAAUUACGGAAUGGGAAGUUAUAAAUAUAAAUGAUAUAAAGACUUGA